GAGCAGCCCCACGAGCGGUGCCAAGCAUCUCAAAAUCAAACCCACAUGAAAACAUGGUAUUACUGUCAAAGAUCCGAUUUUGAGCAGAAAGAUACCAAGAAAAGGGUCGCCAGCUAGAAACAACUAAGCUUAAAUUACGCUCUUCCUUUUCCCAUAUAUAACCAAAGCUGCCAUUUCUUUUCGCUGCGUCGAUCAUCAAUUUAGAGAGACCAUGGCAAUAUUGCAACAUAUUUUGUUUAUGUCUCUCUCGAUGUUUUGCAUGACAAGUGUGGUUUCUUCACACAGCAGGCACUACACCACUCCCAGCGUUCCACGUUUAACAGACUUGCUUAGCCAUGUCUCAGUUGAUACGGGUUUUUCUAAAUUUUUUGGUGGACCCAAUAUAAAGCUGAUCAACAAUGGGUCCAUGGCCACUCUUGCUCUCGACAAAACCUCAGGGUCAGGAUUGGUUUCCAGGAGAAAAUAUUACUAUGGAUUUUUCAGUGCAGCAAUAAAGUUGCCUGCAGGUCUCACAUCUGGAGUCGUGGUAGCCUUCUAUUUGUCUAAUGCAGACAUGUAUCCUCACAGCCAUGAUGAGAUUGAUAUUGAACUGCUUGGGCAUGAUAAGAGAAUUGACUGGGUACUCCAAACAAAUGUCUAUGCAAAUGGUGUAAGUACCGGAAGAGAAGAGAAAUUUUAUUUCUGGUUUGAUCCAACACAGCAGCACCAUUACUACAGCAUUCUCUGGAACAGCCACCAUAUAGUGUUACCAGUGAGAGAGUUCCCAAACAACGGCAAAUUCUCUACCGCAUAUCCAUCAAAGCCAAUGUCGCUUUAUGUAACCAUAUGGGAUGGGUCGCAAUGGGCAACUCAUGGAGGCAAAUACCCUGUCAAUUACAAGUAUGCCCCAUUUGUAGCUUCGUUUGCGGACAUGGAAAUGGCUGGCUGUAUAACAAAUCCUACGCAGCCCGGUUCAUCUUGUUCCAACGCCAGCCUCUCAAGCAUGGACCCCGUCGGAGGACCUGACUUUGUUAAGCUAUCAAAUCAACAGAUAACCGCCAUGGAUUGGGCAAGAAGGAAGCUCAUGUUUUAUUCAUACUGUAAAGAUACAUCCAGAUUUAAAGUCUUGCCUCCUGAAUGCACGUAAAAGAAUGAUAUAAUUAUACAUACCUAAAGUUUUUCUUUUCAUUUUUUUUCAUCAGAUUAAUUAUAUACUAGCAAGGAGCAAAUGAAUAAUGCUGAUGACAUGUUGUUAUAUUUUUUUUUAGAAAGAAAUCAUCAAGCAUUAUAAUUUACACUCUCGCUUAUCUUGAUCAUAAAAAGGACAUAUGAGAGUUAUUAGAAUUAACAAAAGUAUGUGAUUAGUCCAAUAAUGGCGUUGACAUGGCAACCUUUGAGGCGGAAUGGCGGAUGAUCUAGGACUGAGGAGAAGCUGCAAAAAGGGGUGAGGGCAAGAGCUGGGGGACAUAUCUAUUCAAAAUAGAUUAAGGCAUAAGGCGUGGGACACAUCUAAAAGUUGAUGGGAGUACUGUCACUUUAUUAGGACUGUCCAAAUAAGUAAACAGCUGUGUUAUGUGACAGCCAUUGAAAUGAAGGUGAAUAGGUGAUAGGCUUCGGUAGUAAAGUCAACAGCUACGCGUGGGCUCGUCGGAGCUCAUUAAUAAGGUGGUUCAGAAGAGUUUCUGUAGCUUGAAAUAGCAAAGGAGCUAACCACCGCUGUGCUGUCCCGAUCUGAAAUCAUACAGCUGAGCUAGAUGAGGUAGAUUGUGAGCAAAUAUCAUUUUAUACCAUUAUGUUUCGGGCACACGAAAUACUUACCCUA